GGCCAAAGCCCCCGCAUCGUCGACCUUUCGCACGCGCGCGGGAACCUAGCAGCAGCCUCCACUGCCGUGGUUUCGUUGCGCUGCGUUGCGCUCGGCCGCGUUCAGACCCAUCGCUGGUUCUGGGUUUUGCGACGUUGUUGUUGUUGUUGUUGGAGGAGUAGUCGAGGGAGUGAAGCGGACCAGCGCAGGGAUCAGGUGUGUGUUUGUGGCAAUGGCGAUGGCGCAAGGAGCGCUGCAGUCGUGUUCAGUCGCGUUCGGUGUGAGUGGUGGAAACUUCGCUGGAUUGGCUUCAUCCGGGGCCAGGAUCUCGUCUGUUUCGUUCCGUGGUGGCGCGCCGGUGCUAUCGUCGCCUCUGACGACCGUGAGGAGGGAGAACCUGAGGAGGAGGGAGGGGGGGAGAGGGGGCUCCGUGAAGGUGCAGAGGGAGGUCGCGGUGUCGAGCGUGACAAUCGAGGCGGCGUUGGGCGUGGAGAAGAAGGGCGUCGCGGAUUCGAAGGUGAAUGGAGUGCCGUCGGCGAAGCAUGGCGCGGUGGGGGAAGCGCAGGUCCCGUCCAUGGAGGUGGAUGCUGUGACGGAAGCUGAAUUGAAGGAGAACGGGUUCCGGAGCACGAGGAGGACGAAGCUGGUGUGCACCAUUGGCCCUGCCACAUGCGCGCCGGAGCAGCUGGAGGCGUUGGCGAUGGGGGGUAUGAAUGUGGCCCGCCUGAACAUGUGCCAUGGCACCCGGGAUUGGCACAAGCAAGUAAUUCGCAAUGUGCGCAGUUUGAAUUCCGAGAAAGGCUACUCUGUGGCUAUCAUGAUGGAUACCGAAGGUAGCGAAAUCCACAUGGGGGACUUCAAUGGCGCCCCGUCCGUCAAGGCCGAGGAUGGUCAAGAAUGGAUCUUCACUGUCCGCACACUGGAGAGCCUUCCAGAGCGCACUACUACUGUCAACUACGACGGGUUUGCUGAAGAUGUCAGGGUUGGGGAUGAAUUGCUCGUAGACGGAGGGAUGGUGCGAUUUGAAGUGAUCGAGAAGAUCGGUCCUGAUGUCAAGUGCAAGUGCACUGAUCCUGGACUCCUGCUUCCUCGUGCAAAUCUGACUAUGUGGAGGGAAGGGCGGCUGGUGCGUGAUCUCAAUGCAAUGCUUCCCACUAUUUCAUCUAAGGACUGGAUUGACAUCGACUUCGGAAUUGCAGAAGGGGUUGAUUUUAUUGCCGUCUCCUUUGUUAAGACAUCUGAAGUCAUCAAGCAUUUGAAGAGCUACAUUAAUGCAAGAGCACCUAACGAUUCAAUUGGAGUGUUCGCCAAAAUUGAAAGCAGUGACUCUUUGAAGAACGUAGAGGACAUUAUUCGUGUCUCUGAUGGGGCUAUGGUGGCUCGAGGUGAUUUAGGUGCCCAAAUUCCAUUAGAACAAGUGCCGUCUGUUCAGCAGGGAAUUGUGAAUCUAUGCCGGGAGCUUAACAAGCCAGUUAUUGUAGCGUCACAGCUCUUGGAGUCCAUGAUCGAAUACCCCACACCUACGCGAGCGGAAGUGGCAGAUGUAUCAGAGGCUGUGAGACAGCGAGCUGACGCUUUGAUGCUGUCUGGAGAGUCUGCCAUGGGCCUGUUUCCAGAGAAGGCGCUCAGCGUGCUGCGGACUGUAAGUCUUCGUAUGGAGGAGUGGUGUCGUGAGAACAAACAGCACGCAUCCGAUCGACUUCCAGAGCUCUCAUCAGCUCUCAAUGAUCGUAUCUCAGAGAGCAUCUGCAGCUCUGCUGCUCAGAUGGCCAACAGACUGGGAGCCGACGCCAUCUUCGUGUACACCCGACGCGGUUACAUGGCGUCUCUUUUGUCAAGGGCCAGGCCUGAUUGUCCCAUCUUCGCUUUCACCGACACGAAGUCCAUGCGGCAACGGCUGAACCUGCAAUGGGGAUUGAUUCCCUUCCGGCUGGACUUCUCCGGGGAUAUGGAGAGCAACCUUCGGAGGACGUUUGCGCUUCUGAAAGCGCGUGGCAUGAUGAAGAAGGGCGACCUCAUAGUCGCCGUCUCUGACAUCUCCACUUCCGAUUUCAUGCAAUCCAUUCAGGUCCGUAGAAUCCCUUGAGAGCUCACUCCAGACUUUAUCAACAAACUUUCAGAAGACUCAUCAGGAAUAUUACGUCUAAAUUUUCUGGAUGUGGGUGGAUGGACCAGAGAGGUCCUUCCAACUCUAGUAUUGGGUUGUGCUGGUUUUGCAAUUGGGUCCUUCAUAGAAAGGGUUUUUGCAUUGAUAGGCAUGGAAAGGGAGAACAGGUAAUUAGUCAGCUGUGAUAUUCUGCAGGUGAAGUUCUUGAUUGGAUUUAGUGAUGCUUCCCUUGAGAUAGAGCUGGAAUUAAUUGUUAAGAUGCGGUAGUAACAUUAAUAGGCGGGUUUCCUGGCUGGUUGCCAUAAGUGCGUGAGACCAGCUUCGUGGUAAGCGGCAAACAUCGAUUGAUUGUUGCAUAGACAACACCUGCUUCAAGCUGAUCGCUCAAGGCAGGAAUAUCACUGGAUUAGGAUUUCUGUUAUGUUGUCCUUAUCGAUUUUAAUGUGAAAUUCCAGCUUGUUUCGAUUUGAGCAGUUCUCAUGA